CAGGUCCGAGUCUGGUUCCGAGUCUGGGUCGGAGUUUGAGGCUGAGACUGAAUUAGCUUCUGUGGAGCCCGCGGCCCUCCCGCCCGCACCAUGUUUGUGACUGACUUUCGCCGGGAUUUCUAUGACGUGAUUCAGACGGAGCGGGUCCUCCUCUUUGUUGCUUCUGAUGUUGAUGCGUUGUGUGCUUGCAAAAUUCUUCAGGCCUUGUUCCAGUGUGACCACGUCCAGUACACAUUGGUUCCUGUUUCCGGGUGGCAGGAACUUGAAACCUCAUUUCUGGAACACAAAGACCAGGUCCACUAUUUUAUUCUCAUAAACUGCGGGGCCAACAUUGACCUCUUAGAUACGCUCCAGCCUGAAGAGGACACGAUUUUCUUCAUUUGUGACACCCACCGGCCUGUCAACGUCGUGAAUGUUUACAAUGACACUCAGAUAAAGCUGCUCAUCAAGCAAGAUGAUGACCUGGAGGUCCCAGCGUACGACGACAUCUUCAGAGAUGACGAGGAGGAGGAGGAGGGUGAGGGUGAGGACGAUGGAGAGAAUUCAGGCCAUGAGAGUGACGGGUCCGAGCCUUCUGGGAAACGCCCACGGUUUGAAGAGGACGUGAUCGAGCGCACGAUGAAGAGGAGGGAGCGAAGAGAGUGGGAGGCCCGCAGGAAAGAAAUCCUGUUUGACUACGAGCAGUACGAAUACCACGGGACCUCGUCGGCCAUGGUGAUGUUUGACUUGGCGUGGCUGAUGUCCAAGGACCUCAAUGACAUGCUGUGGUGGGCCAUCGUGGGGCUGACUGACCAGUGGAUACAAGACAAGAUCACCCAGAUGAAGUACGUGACGGAUAUCGGGAUUCUGCAGCGUCACGUGUCCCGACACAAUCACCGCAAUGAGGAUGACGAGAACUCCCUGUCCAUCGACUGCAUGCGGAUAGCCUUCGAAUACGACCUGCGCCUGGCCCUCUACCAGCACUGGUCCCUCUACGAGAGCCUUUACAACACAUGCUACACAUCGGCCAGGCUCAGGCUGUGGUCCGUGCAGGGCCAGAAACGGCUCCAGGAGUUUCUGGCAGACAUGGGGCUCCCGCUCAAGCAGGUGAAGCAGAAGUUCCAGGCCAUGGAUGUCUCCUUGAAAGAGAACCUGCGGGACCUCCUUGAGGAGUCUGCGAACAAGUUUGGGAUGAAGGACCUGCGGGUGCAGACAUUCAGCAUCCACUUUGGGUUCAAGAAUAAGUUCCUGGCCAGCGACGUCGUCUUCGCCACGACGUCGCUGCUGGAGAGCAUCGAGAAGGACGCCUCGGGGACGGACAACUUCAUUAAGGCGCUGGACAGUCUGUCCAGAAGUAACCUGGAGCAGCUCUACCAAGGCCUGGAGCUGGCCAAGAAGCAGCUGCGCGCCAUCCACCAGACCGUGGCCAGCUGCAUCUGCACCAACCUUGUCAUCUCGCAGGGGCCCUUCCUCUACUGCUGCCUCAUGGAGGGCACGCCGGAUGUCAAGCUGUUCUCCAAGCCAGCCUCACUGGGCCUGCUCAGCAAGUACCUGUUGCAGUCCUUUGUUUGCUCUACCAAGAACAAGCGCUGUAAGCUGCUGCCCUUGGUGAUGGCAGCCCCGAUGAGUGUGGAGCAUGGCACCAUGAUCAUGGCAGGAAUCCCCCCGGAGACGGAGAGCUCCGACAAGAAGAACUUUUUUGGGAGAGCGUUCGAGAAGGCGGCCGAGAGCACCAGCUCCAGAACUCUACACAACCAUUUUGACAUGUCUGUCAUCGAGCUCAAGGUGGAGGACCGGGGCAAGUUCCUGGACGCGCUGAUCUCUCUGCUCUCCUGAGGCUUUUGGAUUCUGCGUGGGAGUUUCCACACGGGGAUCGAUUGUAAAUACUGGCUCCACGUCGGGGUGCUCUUACAGACUGCGUGUAAAUUAUUUGUGAGAUUUUAGCUCUGGGGAGAGGCUGCCGGAGCCUUUCCGAGCAAUAAAGCGCCCUCUUUCAGCUCC